AACUUCAUAACCUGUUUUGUGUUUUUGUUGUGUUUUUUCCUACUUAAAGUUAUCUGUGUUUUUAUCACUGACUGGACAAACAUGGAUGAUAAAUACGUGUCUAAACUGUCACCUACUGUUGAUUUUUGGGCAGGGAUGUACCUGGUCAUAAUUGCCAUCCUGUCUAUCUUGGGCAAUGCAUCAGUCCUGGUCAGCGCAGGUCAUCGCCUCACCCUGCUGAAAGCUCCCGAGCUGCUGACAGUGAACUUGGCCAUAACAGAUAUUGGCAUGGCCCUCAGCAUGUAUCCUCUGUCCAUAUCUUCAGCUUUUAACCAUGCCUGGAUUGGAGGCGACACAUCUUGUCUCUACUAUGGCGUGAUGGGCAUGAUCUUCAGCAUAACCAGCAUCAUGACUCUGGCUGUGAUGGGGAUGGUGAGGUACCUGGUAACAGGAAGUCCACCCAAGGCAGGUAUCAAGUUCCAGAGGAGAACCAUCAGAAUUGCGAUCAGUGGGAUCUGGCUGUAUGCUAGCCUGUGGGCCUUGUUUCCUCUUCUGGGCUGGGGCAGCUAUGGGCCAGAGCCAUUUGGACUUGCCUGCUCAAUAGACUGGACGGGCUAUGGAGAGUCCCUAAACCACUCCACCUUCAUCAUGACCAUGUCUGUACUCUGCACAUUCAUCCCCUGUCUGGUCAUCCUCUUUACCUAUUUUGGUAUUGCCUGGAAGCUGCACAGGGCCUACCAAUCCAUCCAGAGCAAUGGUUUUCAAUAUGGCAAGAUUGAGAAGAAAAUCACUCUUGUGGCUGUGAUGAUUAGUUCAGGGUUCUUUAUUGCCUGGACUCCCUACGUGGCUGCCAGCUUCUGGAGCAUGUUUCACUCCCAGGAACAGGGCCACAUGGCUCCAUUUGUCACCCUGUUGCCAUGCCUCUUUGCCAAGAGCUCCACCGUAUACAACCCUUUAAUAUAUUUCAUCUUCCAGCGUAACUCCUGGCAUAAGCUCCUGUGUUCCCAGAGACCGAUGUUUUGUUGUUCUCAUCAUUCCAGUUCACCUGCUAACGGCGGGAAGCUGGAAGGCAAAGCUGUCAAAACUUCUGAGUCCACCAUUUUUGGAAAUAGGACUUAUGAAACCAGUGUGGAUCUAAUGAGAUCUUCUGGCAGACAGUCUGGGAGUGAGAUGUUGCCUUUGGGCUAAAACUGUAAUGAUGAAGUCUGCGACCUUGUUUGACCCUUUAAUUUGCCAUUGAAGAGGUAUGGGUUUCUAGAAAAUGUUGGGAAAUUAAUUUAUUUGCUUUUGUGCCAAGAAUUAGAAGAGAAGAUCAGUAUUUCAUGUAUAUAUGGUAAAUAUGUAGCUAGAGCAAGCAGCCAGUAAGCUUAUCUUAGGAGAAAGGAAUGGGGGGAACAGUUAGCUUGUUUUGUCCAAACCAUGGAUGUAUGGACCAUAGAGUGACCGUCCUGUGCAGCAGUCCUGAGGCUCGUUGCAAACGUAACAAAAUCCACCUACUAGUAUCUUUAGAUAACUGAUUAAAUGUUGCAGUGUUUAUGUGCCAGACUAUUUCUCUGUUGUGCUAGCUGUUUCCCCAGUUUCCAGUCUUGGUGCUAAGCUAACACGCUCUAUCUACAUAUUUACCAUACAAACAUGAGUGGAAUAAAUAUUUUCAUCUAACUUUCAGCAAAAGAGCAAAUGUCAAAUUUCUCAAAAUGUGGCGGAUGAAAUAAUAGAAGAUGAAAGAUGAAAUAAGCAGAAAGAGUGGAUUGUAUUUCCACAGAUCAGAGCAAGAGCUGCAUAAGACACAGAAAAACGUAGCAUAAAUAUUAUUGCUUACUUUUGAGUGUGAUCUUCCCUUUGCUUCCCAACUAAUUAACGACAGUAUGUGUAUGUCUUUGGUGAACUCUAAGUCUACAAUUGCCAUGAUAUCCUACGCAGUGUAGCUUGUGCUGCAUCGUUUUCCCAGCAUGCUAAGUUUGAGGUGAACUGGCAGCCUCAGUAAAUGGUAAUCAGCUUUAAAUUAUGGUUUUCAUGGCUUAAACAUAUCAGU